AUGCCGAGCCACGCCGUAGGGCUCACGCCGCCGGCCGCCGCAGCCGGGCACCGACCGACCGGCUACUACCAGCUGUACGUCUCAGACAAAGGCGUGCCGGUGCGAGAGGGCGCGAUCUACUGGAUCCAGUGGCGGGCGGGCAGCGGGGAGAGCGCGACGGGCGGCACAGCCAUUGCCUACGUGUUCCGCAUCUACUCGCCUCCGGGGGGCGACAAUCACGACGUGCUGGUCGACAUCAUGUACGGCGGCACGGGCGCUCACGUCGAGCAAUUUAACAUGGAGUACAAGCCCCAGGACUCGGCGCGCUUCGAGCUCAAGGAGGAGGACGACGUGUGGACACUCUUGGACGGCUGGUUCGACACCGUCUCCGCGGACAAGCUCCAGGGGCCGGUGCAGUGGGUGCACGUGUGGGCGGCCGACGGCUCCGACCCUGGCGCCCGCCCGCAGCUAGAGUGCGAGGACGAGAUGAUCCGGCUGGCGGGCGUCGCAACGGUGCACGAGCGAUCGCACAAGCUCCUCUCGCCCAUGAAGAAGCUGCUGCCGGGCGGGGCGCCCCUCCACCAGCUCCUCUCCGACUUCGCCCGCAACUUGAUGCAGCCGCCGCCGGCACCUGCCCCGCACGACGGCGCGCCUUUCCCAGAUCCGCUCAUAAUCACGCGCGCCACGGUCGGCGAGGUCGCAUCGGGGCCGAACGAGGGGGCGCUGCUUCGGGUCGGUGGGUCCAUCGCGUCCGGCUUCGUGCGCGCCGUCCGCAUCACCGACGGGACCACCAGCCGCGUCAUCAUCCCGCACGGCGGCUCGGGCGGCACUCUCGUGGCGGCGUGGGAGGCGGUGCCGGCCGAGGAGGAGCAAGCGUGCGCGAGGCUCACGGCGCAGCCGCGGCGCAACCGCGCCUGGUUCGGCGUGCUCGAGCGCGAGCUCGUCAUCAGGCCAAUGCAGCAGCGCACGUUCGACCUCUCCAUUUUCGAAGCGGUGCCAGUCAUCAUCGUGGCCCCGUGCUACUUGGCGCUGCUCAACCUGCACUUCGCGCCGGACGAGCUCUACUCGUUCGAGACGUUCGUCGGCUCGGACGGCCUCCGCGCCGCGCCGCCCCCCCUCUUCCGCCGCUCUCUCCUCGUCAUCUCGCGCGAGAUUGCGCCGCCGGGCAGCCGCCUAAGGGAGAUCACGAUCCGGCGGCUGCAAAUCGCCAUCGUCGCGCAGACCAGCGGCAAGGAGGCGCCCCGCAAGCUGAUCCACGCGCGCAUCGUCCUCGAGGGCAUCUCGUUCGCCGCCUUCACCUCCCUCGACACGUGGCCCGUGGCGGAGUGGACGGGCGACCGCCACACCGGCAUCGGGUACGACUUUGAGAGCGCCGACGAGGUGGCCGACACGGUGGGGAUGGGCGCGUGGUCGGUCGCUCCGACCAUGAAGCAGCUGAGGGACCCCGCCUGGCAUGGCGGCUACAUGAUGCUGCAGGAAGGCCCGGCCAGUAUCGAGUAUAUGGCGGCCGAGUCGAAGCUGGUCCUGAAGCUCAGCAUCUCCUACUUUGACCGCAACGGCACCUUCCAGACGGGCGCGCAGCCAGACCAGCCGCCACGGCCCAACAUGAAGUACACCAUGACGGCGGGGUGGCAGGACAACACCUUUGUCGUCACGCGGGCCGACCUCGAGGCCCACACCGACGCGGGCGCGACCGACUUUACGCACUACCGCGCGAGCGCUGCCGGCACUGCAUCCGUCCAAUCGGGCAGCGAUGCCGACGGCGGAAACGCCUCGGAUGGCGUGGACUCUGUGAUGGACGGCGUGGCCCUUCUCGGCCUGCACUGCGCCACGCCCGGCUCCUCGCGACCUGCCUCGCGGGCCGCUAUCGACCACGCACAGCGGCUGGCGGACCUGCGUGAAGCGGUGGCCGAUGCGCGGCAGCUGCUCGCAACGCAGCUUCAGAAUCCAAUCCGGAGCUAUGGCGGCAAUGACGCCUUCUGGCAGCUGCUGGUCGCUGAGUUCGCGCUGCACCUAGGUCUUCUUCUUCGCUACGUUCGCCGCUGCGGCGCGCCUGGCCUUGAGUGCCUGCGCGGCGCACUGCGCGUCGUGGAUGAUGUCGGCGUUGGUCAACCCAAAUGCGCGGCAGGAGGGGCAGAGUUUGUUGCCGAGGACCUUGACGCACCUGACAUCGAGGCGGAGAGGUCCACCGACAUCGCCGCUCACGUAGACGUUGGGCAGGACCGGGAGGUUGUAGGCGAGAGGUUCUCGUUCUUCACCUUGAAGAGGAUAGAGCCGUCCUUCUCGUCCGACUUGGCGCCCAGGAAAGAGUGA